ACCGCAGCAGUGGUAAACUGAGGUGAUAAAAAUACAAACCUUUCAUUUCAGCGCAUGAUCGAUCUUUUGACAUGUUGCCCCCCUCGUGUAUGCAAAAAUGUUCGUUUGAUUUUUUUCUCAUUAUAUCUAACUUGUCCGCGCUGCCAGAUAAAAUUUUCGCACGAAUGAAAGCAGUAGUAGUAGUGUACUCAUAAAAAACAUUUCGACAUACAGAAAAACACGCGCACGUUUGAGAAAUGCGUAAAAAUGAGUUAAAAAAAAGUGGACUGCAAUUUUUUUGCGCUUCACCGCAGAAUGUAAAAAUUAACAAACAGAAUAGGAGUAACAAGGCAAAAAAGGGUCAUAUUAUAAAUUAAAUGGGUUAAAAGAAAAAAAUUCAGACUGAAAAGAGCAACCCUAUUCAUUCGAUCGCUUUUCUCCGUCAUAUAUUACGUAUCGUAACAGACGUGCACGGCACAAAAUGGCAAAGAAGAUGAUGUGCCUUUUUUGAAUUUGUUUAAAAAAUUGGUUUUUCUUUUUUUUUUUUUUCCUCUUUUUUUUUUACAAUUUAAGCUGUAUACAAAAUGGAAGAACUGCAGAAGAAAAGAAAAUCCAGGUGGGGGGACUUACAAAACAAAGCAGAUAGUAUUAACGAGACGGGCAAAACGGUCGAAGUGAAUAAGUCAGCUGAACCGAUUAGGACGAAUGAGGUGAAUGCGCUGUUAAACAAAGGGGGUAACAUUUUAGGGGACUUCAGUAUGAGUAGAGCGUCCAGUUUGGCCACCCCCGCGGCUGGACUAGUGAACACCCCCGCCGCUGGAUUAUUGAAACCCCCCGUAGGAUUGACCACCCCCGCCGCUGGUCUAAUGAACCCCCCCGUAGGGUUGCCCACCGCCGGCACGAGUCUACCAACUCAGUUCCCGCUCACAGCGCAGAGCUUCCCCGCGCUAUCCUCGGCCAUCCAUUUAAACAUAUUAAAAGCGACGGAGGCAGCCAAAUUGGCAAUAGAAAGGGCAAAAAGAGCCAGCAGGUUUAAGGAGGAGAUGAAACAGAACCUAAGGAAAGUGGACUUUGUGCCGAAGCCUUUAAAAUUUGAUGAACAAGGCAGAGAAAUAGACGAAGAAGGAAAUGUGAUCAACAUCAAACCGAUUACGUUCUCUACACUCAAAGUGAAUAUUAACAAAUUGGAAGAAAAUAAUCUGUUAAAAAAAAAAAACGAAUUAGCAAAUAAAAAUAGUGAAGAGUAUCUAAAUGAAGAUACCAAAUGGUUUGAUUCUAGAAUAAAAAAUGUCCAGAAAAAAAAAAAAAAAAAUGCCUUUAAUUUUAUUACCCCAGGUUCGUUUAUGAAGCUAGCCAAUUCGAGGAACUACACUAGCAAAUCGCAGAUGAACUUCGAUUUGAAAAAAUUUAUGCAGGAUAAAAAGAACGUGCAAUCUUUGCAAGAAAUGUCUCUAAACUUUUUAAACAGCGAUCUAAAUGAUAACAUCAAUCCGAAUUUGAUAGAUAUUAAUAACAAAGAUGUUAGGAAACGGAAGGAGUGGAAGGAGGAUGAAAGGUAUGACGUGAUGGAAAAAUGGGAUUUUGUUCUAUUCAAGAAGGUUGAAAAUAAAGAAAACUUGAAGGAGUACAUUUCGGAGCAGGUGGCUAGCUGGAAGGGGAAGCUCCAACUGGGGGGCAGUACGCACCAUGGAGGGGAGAAACCCAAUGGAAGUCCCCACGUGGACGCACAGGAAGGUGCCGCAGGGGAGACCAACAAAAGUGAUAACAAUGACCCAGACGAAUGCACCCGCAGCAGCAGCAGCAGUAUCAGCAGCGUCUACCUCGAAGUGAACAAACUGAUGGGGAAGCGCAGCGAGAAUAUCCUCCUUCUACAAAGUAACGAAAUUAUAAUUAAUGACGAGCUGUAUAAAAUAAACGUAAAGAAAAUCACAAACUAUGUGGAGCAUCCAAUUUCGCUAAAUGAAGAUAAGAAAGAAGAGAAGAUCACCCCACACAUGUUUUUAACCCCGUUAGAAAGAAAAAAGUUGAGGAAGAGAAAAAGACAAGAAAAGGAAAGAGAGAAACAAGACAAAAUUCGAAUCGGAUUAAUGCCCCCACCUCCACCGAAGAUGAAACUAUCCAAUCUGAUGAGGGUCCUUGGAGACAGCGCAGUUUCGCAACCCUCAAGAAUAGAAUUAGAAGUGAGGCAACAAAUGAAAGAAAGAGAACUACGACAUUUUAAACAAAACCAAGAGAGAAAAUUAAAUCCGGAAGAAAAAAGCAAAAAGAAAAUGAAAAAAUGGAAAUGCGAUCCAAAUCAAGAGAAUGAAGUCCUCGUCAUUUACAUUUCUAACUUGUCCAAUAAAAAACACGUCUUCAAAAUUGACAUAAAUGCACAGCAGCUACAUUUGACGGGCGUAUGCGUUAUGACUGUUCUUUACAACUUCAUCAUUGUGGAGGGGAAGCACAUUGCCAUUGAGAGGUACAAGAGGCUAAUUUUUAGGCGAAUCAAAUGGAAUGAAGAUGAGUAUAACGAGGAUGAAGAAGGGGACGAUGAGGAUGAUGAGGAGGAAGAAGAAGAGGAAGGAGGAGGGGCAAGAGGCAUAGAUCACGACCAUAACAAUGGCAACCUUAAAGAAAAAGCAGAUCGAAGCAAAAGCAAAUCCAAUUUUGACGCCCAGGCAGAUUACCCUAAUGAUGGUGCAAAUGUUCACCUAAACCAGGGCUGCACUUGCAGCCUAAUUUGGAGCGGCACUGUGAAGAAAAAGAACUUCCUCAACUGGAAGAUGAUAAUUGCCAAGACGGAGGUGGAGGUGACGGACUACCUGCAGCGGCACGACGCGCUGCACUACUACCACAUAGUCAAGAAGCACAGGGACGUGUCCGAUGUGUGA